UGUAGAUCCAGUGGUUGUCAUAAAUUCAAACCGAUUGAGAAGAUUAGCCGAGAAAAUAAUGUCAACUGGCAGAGAAUUAGCAGAUGAAGAUCCCAGUGAUCCACCAUCAAUCACGACCAAAGAUGCUGCGAUUGGCUUUGCUGACAAUCUAAGUGACUCUACUGCUGCUACAUCAUCAUCAAGACCUUCAUCUACAACCAAAUAUUUUGUGGCUGACUUUGCUGAAGAUCCGAGCAAAGAUGAUUUAGUCCGUUUUGAUUACGAUAUAGCACAGAUGAUGGACCGAAUAAUUAAUUAUUCAUAUUCCAACCUACAAAUCCUCCCUAUUGUCGGAAUGGGAGGCAUUGGUAAGUCCACACUUGCUAGACUUAUUUAUGAUGAUCCAGCGAUCAUAGAGCAUUUUGAUAUUCGAGCUUGGGUCACAGUAUCACAAGAUUAUAGUAUACCAUGUAUUGUCUCACAACUACUAGCUUCGGUGAAAGGAAGAGUAGAUCGAGUUGGAAGGGAUUCGUUGAAAGGAAUCCAAGCAGAGGAGGAAGAUAUUUACAAAACCUUAUCUGGGCGGAGGUAUCUCAUAGUAAUGGACGACAUUUGGAGUGCGGAAGUUUGGGAUCGCUUACAGUUGCUAUUUCCUGACAACAAUAAUAGAAGCCGGAUCAUAUUAACCAAGAGGAAAAUGGAUGUGGCUACUGCCAUAUCAUACAACAAUAUUCAUAUGAUGCCUUUCUUGGAUGACUAUCAAAGUUGGUAUUUGUUCCAACAGAAGGUUUUCGGAGAUCAAGAUUGUCCUCUUGAGCUACAAAGUGUUGCAGAAAAAAUAGUAGAAGGAUGUGGAGGACUGCCCCUCUCAAUUGUUACUGUGGCAGGACUUUUAUCCAGGAUUCCUAGAACUCCAAAAAUGUGGCAGCAAAUUGAAGUAAAUGAUGGGCAGUUGGGAUCAAUAUUAUCUUUGAGUUACAACCACUUGUCUCCACAUUUGAAGGAGUGUUUCUUGUAUAUGGCAGCCUUCCCUCAAGAUUACGAGAUACGUGCCUCUGAACUCAUCAAACUUUGGGUUGCUGAGGGCUUUUUGGAACCUAGAUAUAGCUAUGAAACCAUAGAAGUGGAGGCAGAGAGGUGCUUGAUGGUUCUGACAAGGCAAACUAGCCGAAAUAUUAAAGGCAAUAUAAUAAGUUGCAGGCUGCAUAGUAUGGUGUGGGACUUCUGUGCGAGACAGGCCGGGAAAGAGAGGUUCCUUCUUCCUGUUAUGGACUACUUCCCUACUCCUAUAUUAAGAAAACAUUUUCUUCUACAAGUCCUCCAAAAUCAUCCCUUUAUAAGUGUUAGUUGGCAUGAUCUACAUCUUAGAGACUCUACACAUAGCUCAUGCACCACUUCUAUCAUAUGCAUCCCACAAAGAGGAUAUAGGCCCAAAUGCUCUGUACAUAACUUUACUUCACUUAGGGUCCUUCAUGUUUUGCGUGAAAACGAUUGUUCAUAUUGGGAGCUAGGUCAAGUGUUUGGAUUGAUUUAUCUCACAUACCUUGCUUCCAACAUUCCAGAUAGUAUUGUCCCUCCAGCUAUAGCAAAGCUUCAGAAUCUGCAGACUUUAAUUAUUUAUAGAUCUGAUGUUCAUUUGCCAGUGGAGAUUUGGAGUCUGAGGCAGUUGAGGCAUCUUGUCGCCUUCUCAUUUCUUCCUUUACUCCUUCCUGAAAGAGUAACUCCUUUUCUACAAAACUUGCAAACAUUUUCUAAGGGAACAAACUUAGUGUGUAGUGAAAGGAUGGUGGAAGUGAUCCCAAACAUAAAAAAGUUGGGAAUUUGCUACUGUGAAGAGAAGUUUGAUGCAGGCUAUCAUCUUGGCAAUCUGAAACAACUAUAUCAGCUUGAGAAGUUGAAAUUGGAGAUGCAUAGUUCAUUUGUGUCACGUCUGAAUCCUAUUUUUCCUAUGUUACUGAAAAAGUUAGAACUGAGUGGCAGGUGGAUUUCUUGGAAAGAUAUGACAAUUGUUGGUUCGUUGCCUAAUCUUCAAGUGUUGAAACUAUGCUUGCCAUGGGAAACACUGGGUAACCAUUGACUGGGAAUUUCGUGGGUUGAUACUUUUGCUUAUUGAUGAAUCAAAUCUGAAGCAUUGGACAACUAGACGUAGCCACUUUCCGAGGCUCAAGUGCCUAAUGCUUCAUCGUUGUCAUAACUUGGAUGCGAUUCCACGUGAUAUUAAAAACAUUUCAACACUUGAAUUGAUUGAGAUCGAUGAUCACAAUCAAUCUCUUUUGCACUCAGCAAAUAAAAUACAAGAGCAACAUAGGAAAGUUCGAGGAGAUGAUGGCGUAAAGGUUGUUGUGAAGCGUUCUUGAUCCUCUUUCAAACUUGACCGUGUCCAUCAUAUAAGAUGUAGAGCUUUGAUGAGGUAGCUUAUCAGAUAUUCUAUGGAUGAAAGAGGCAAAGAAUAAAAGGUGCAAUGGUUGAUGAUGUUUGUUUAAGUAUGAAUGAUUGAUACAAUUCUACUUGUUUGCAAGGAGGUUGUUUUAAAUAACUGUGAAUGAUAUAAUUACUGUGUUAUCAUGUGUAGUAUUUCUCAAAGUUAAAUGUUUGUUUGGAUUACCAUUCUUGUUUACAAUACUCUACACAGGGAAUAAUAGGCUGCUCUGGAUUGUACUCUGUCCUUGUUAAUGUAGUUGAACAAGAUUGUAUAAACAACUGAACAGAGCAUUCAAAUGCAAAUAAGUGAUAUUGUAGUAUAUGAG